CCGUACAUAGAGGCGAGGAAUAAACCCAGAGCAAACCCACAAACACUGCGCCUAGCCUGACGCGUCGCCCUUCUACGGCGCAUGCGCGAUCGUUUUCUAGGAAAAGUUUUUGGAAAGGUUUGGUUUGCUGCUGUUAUCAACGCCAUCCUGAGUCAGUGUUUCUCACAAGGGACCUUCAAUAGUAUCCAGCGAUGGCGAGUCUCAGUGAAACCAAUGAAAGUAAAGCACCACACACAACUUUGGAGCAGGUGAGUAAAUGCAUUCUGCCGCUCACUGUUCAUAAGUUCCUGUUUGGCCCAAUGUCAGACUGUCCUGUAGUCAGACGUGUGGUGGGCGCCGUGUUUGGUGCUCUGAGUGGGACGGGAUUGUUCUUCGGACUCAUUUACGGUAUUGCCAUGACAACAAUACCACGUGUUGUUGUUGGAUGUCUGUUUGUAGGUGUAUGCAUUCUUGGUGGCAUAUUUUCAUCACUGUUCCGCUGUUCAGUCCUCCUCAUGUUUCCCAGUAUGCUUGGAUCAAAAGGUCGCACAUUCCUCAUGAUUUUUGUCUUGCAUAGACUUUACCAAGGACCCAUUGCAAAUAUCCAGCAUAAUGUACAGGAUGUGGCCUUUUCUAUGGGCUGUAACAUAGAUCUGCAGAUCGCACACAGCAAGGUCAUGUGGAGAAUGGUGACAGAGCCUUUUGUAGAUGUAGUGCAGGAGAUAGCGAAAGACAGUGUGGAAUUUCAGAAAGAUGCUCAAAACGUGAGCAGGGAGUUCCAGAAAAUUCGGGACGAGGUAAUGGGUCAGUUUGGAUAUGAUUCCUUUGGUAAGGAGUCUGUGCACACAGCUAACAGCACUCAGGAGGAAUAUGUAGAGAAGACGAUGGCACGCUGUGAUUAUGUGGUCCAGGAGGGAAUUGGUCGGUGUCAGGAUUGGUUCAACAAUAAGUGGGAAGAGUGUAUGAAUACCAUUCAAGCCCCUCUUAUCAACCACAUCCUCUGUGUACCUAUGACAUUUCAUUUCCUCUGCGAUGUCAUGAGAGUGAUGUCACCGUGGUGUACAGAGAAGAUUCCCGUUGAAGGAAACUUUGGCCAGACUUUCGACAAACUCAAUUACUCCAUUAAUCGACUUGCUGAACACUUCACCACAAAUGUAGUUUAUCAGAAGUUCGAGCAGCAGUCAGUGUUAGGAGUGAACAUCCUCCAGGAUUUUUCUAAGGAGCUGAGGCGCGUCUUUGAGGAGAAGGCAGUCAUUGCUAAGCGGAUAGCUGAAGUGAUUCGUAUCCUCCUCUCGCUAACCUUCAUCACUGUCUUUACCUCAGCAUUUGGAUAUGUCCAUCAGUAUUGCAGAGAUAUUCGCUUUGACAAUGUCUAUAAUACAACCUAUUUUAGGCAGAUUGAUGCCCGUAGAAUGAGAGCAGAUAAAAGAUAUUUGCUGCCACUGAAGAAAGCAGAGCAGGAGAGUUUGAUCAACCCAUGGAGCUUAUCUAUCCACCCCAGCGAGCUCAUGCCUGUGAUUUUGGGCUUCCUGCAGGUUGUCUCUCUAGCUUUGUUUGUAUGUGUUCUGCUUGCCGUUGAUGGAAUCCUUUACAACAUCUUUGACCUCAUUCGAAGACACACUUUCACUGAGUACUCAGUUACAAGUGUUCAGCAUGCAGACAUUGUAAUUGGUGGAGAUUCCAUGUUAGCCAAACUUCUGCGGAAAACCAUUGGUGCCUUCAACAGCUCCUCCAAUCUUGAUGUUCAAUCCAGUAACUUGCAUUGUUUACCCCAACCACAUGCCUUAGAACAGUCAAACUACCUGUGGAUCUUCAUCCCCCUGUUACUGAUGGGCCUCAUGUGCUGUCUGCAGGUUUAUACCAACCGUCUGCGGAGGGUCAUCACAACCUUCUACUUUCCUAAGAGAGAAAAGAGACGGAUCCUAUUUCUCUACAACCUAAUGAUCCAGAAACGAUUAUCCUUUAUCAACAGACAACGCAAACGGCUGAGGAAUAGAAAGCAAUCGUUUAAAACGGUGCAGUCAGUUCUGUUUGCCCCUCUGAUGCGUGUGGGCUGUCGACUGCGCUGGUGCUGGGUGUGUGAUGGGUUUGUGAGGCAGAACCAGGCUGUGGAGUGCGGUUCUGCUGGUUGCACAAUCAUCUAUUGUCAGCAAUGCUGGAGGGACUUGGGCAGUAUCUGCUAUGGCUGCUGCCCUCAAAACCAGUGUGAACCUCAAGAAAGUGACUCUGAUUCUGAUGUGUACUAUGGCUGUUAAGGGGCUCUGAACUUACCAGUCCUAAGCAGAAGACUUUAUUACAAAUAAAUACAUGAUAUACUUAA